CUCCACAAGCUGCUGACUGACCUGCCUGAUGACAUGCUGUUUCUUCUUCUCUAGCUCCACAAGCUGCUGACUGACCUGCCUGAUGACAUGCUGGAGGACAGCAGAGACUCCUCCUCUCCGGAGCUGGACUGCUCUCCCCGUAGCAAUCCAGACACACGUAACAGGUAAGGUUAUUUACAGUGGGGAAAAAAAGUAUUUAGUCAGCCACCAAUUGUGCAAGUUCUCCCUCUUAAAAAGAUGAGAGAGGCCUGUAAUUUUCAUCAUAGGUACACGUCAACUAUGACAGACAAAUUAAGAAAAAAAAAUCCAGAAAAUCACAUUGUAGGAUUUUUGAUGAAUUUAUUUGCAAAUUAUGGUGGGAAAUUAGUAUUUGGUCACCUACAAACAAGCAAGAUUUCUGGCUCUCACAGACCUGUAACUUCUUAUUUAAGAGGCUCCUCUGUCCUCCACUCGUUACCUGUAUUAAUGGCACCUGUUUGAACUUGUUAUCAGUAUAAAAGACACCUGUCCACAACCUCAAACAGUCACACUUCAAACUCCACUUUGGCAAAGACCAAAGAGCUGUCAAAGGACACCAGAAACAAAAUUGUAAACCUGCACCAGGCUGGGAAGGCUGAAUCUGCAAUAGGUAAGCAAAUUGGUUUGAAGAAAUCAACUGUGGGAGCAAUUAUUAGGAAAUGGAAGACAUACAAGACCACUGAUAAUCGCCCUCGAUCUGGGGCUCCACGCAAGAUCUCACACCGUGAGGUCAAAAUGAUCACAAGAACGGUGAGCAAUAAUCCCAGAACCACACGGGGGGACAUAGUGAAUGACCUGCAGAGAGCUGGGACCAAAGUAACAAAGCCUACCAUCAGUAACACACUACGCCGCCAGGAACUCAAAUCCUGCAGUGCAAGACGUGUCCCCCUGCUUAAGCCAGUACAUGUCCAGGCCCGUCUGAAGUUUGCUAGAGUGCAUUUGGAUGAUCCAGAAGAGGAUUGGGAGAAUGUCAUAUGGUCAGAUGAAACCAAAAUAGAACUUUUUGGUAAAAACUAAACUCUUUGUGUUUGGAGGACAAAGAAUGCUGAGUUGCAUCCAAAGAACACCAUACCUACUGUGAAGCAUGGGGGUGGAAACAUCAUGCUUUGGGGCUGUUUUUCUGCAAAGGGACCAGGACGACUGAUCCGUGUAAAGGAAAGAAUGAAUGGGGCCAUGUAUCGUGAGAUUUUGAGUGAAAACCUCCUUCCAUCAGCAAGGGCAUUGAAGAUGAAACAUGGCUGGGUCUUUCAGCAUGACAAUGAUCCCAAACACACCACCCGGGCAACGAAGGAGUGGCUUCGUAAGAAGCAUUUCAAGGUCCUGGAGUGGCCUAGCCAGUCUCCAGAUCUCAACCCCAUAGAAAAUCUUUGGAGGGAGUUGAAAGUCCGUGUUGCCCAGUGACAGCCCCAAAACAUUACUGCUCUAGAGGAGAUCUGCAUGGAGGAAUGGGCCAAAAUACCAGCAACAGUGUGAGAAAACCUUGUGAAGAAUUACAGAAAACGUUUGACCUGUGUCAUUGCCAACUAAGGGUAUAUAACAAAGUAUUGAGAAACUUUUGUUAUUGACCAAAUACUUAUUUUCCACCAUAAUUUGCAAAUAAAUUCAUAAAAAAUCCUACAAUGUGAUUUUCUGGAUUUUUUUUGCUCAUUUUGUCUGUCAUAGUUGACGUGUACCUAUGAUGAAAAUUACAGGCCUCUCAUCUUUUUAAGUGGAAGAACUUGCACAAUUGGUGGCUGACUAAAUAUUUUUUUUCCCCACUGUAUAUUUAUUUAUUCAGCCAGAGACCGAGAUGAAAUGGAGGGGGGAGUAGCAGCAGAGGGGGGAGUGGGGAAGGGGGAUGGGGAGAGUAGGAGUAGAGGUGGGGUCAGGGUUCGUUCCCACGCUUAGGGUGUAGUAUAGGUAUACCAGGCGGUGGUGUUACCCAGUAGACCAGCCUCGGGCACAAGACACACAUUUUGAAUGUUGGUACAUUUAGGCUAGCAGCCAUCAUGGGAUAACGCAGAACACACAUUUCCAUUGGACAUUCAUGGAUACUAACCUGUGCCCCCGCACAUUGACUGUACCGGUACCCCCUGUAUAUAGCCUCCCUACUGUUAUUUCACAUUGACUCUGUACCGGUACCCCCUGUAUAUAGCCUCCCUACUGUUAUUUCACAUUGACUCUGUACCGGUACCCCCUGUAUAUAGCCUCCCUACUGUUAUUUCACAUUGACUGUACCGGUACCGCCUGUAUAUAGCCUCCCUACUGUUAUUUCCCAUUGACUCUGUACCGGUACCCCCUGUAUAUAGCCUCCCUACUGUUAUUUCACAUUGACUCUGUACCGGUACCCCCUGUAUAAAGCCUCCUUACUGUUAUUUCCCAUUGACUCUGUACCGGUACCCCCUGUAUAUAGCCUCCCUACUGUUAUUUCACAUUGACUCUGUACCGGUACCCCUGUAUAAAGCCUCCUUACUGUUAUUUCACAUUGACUCUGUACCGGUACCCCCUGUAUAUAGCCUCCCUACUGUUAUUUCACAUUGACUCUGUACCGGUACCCCCUGUAUAUAGCCUCCCUACUGUUAUUUCACAUUGACUCUGUACCGGUACCCCCUGUAUAUAGCCUCCCUACUGUUAUUUCACAUUGACUCUGUACCGGUACCCCCUGUAUAUAGCCUCCCUACUGUUAUUUCCCAUUGACUCUGUACCGGUACCCCCUGUAUAUAGCCUCCCUACUGUUAUUAGAUGAGUUGUACGUUUUUGUAUUGAUGAUCAUUCCAUACACCUCAGUAGGACUUAUCGUUUUGUAUUGAUGAUCUUCUACAGAUCACAAUCAGGCUAUCGUUUGUAUGAUGAUCACCAUACAAAGACUUAUCGUUUUGUAUGAUGUCCCAGAUCACACAAACACCUGCCUCUCAUGAGAGAUGUAAGAGUUUCAACAACCCAAGAAACAACGAAUGGUCCGAUCACCAAACACCUGCCUCUCAUGAAGAAGUAAGAGUUUCAACAACCCAAGACUUCCCUUGUCAGUUGUUGAAUGUGACGUUGUGUGUUCAUAUCGAGAUCUUGAGAUAAGUGUUAUAUAAGAUAUGUGUUAUAUCGGGUGACGUGUUAUGCCAACACCAUAUUUUUAAAGGGAAACCAAUAUUGUCCCUGUCCUUUGCAGAACAAUGAGGAAUAUGACCAACCACGGCUCCUACCAUGAGUACCCCUACGAAGAGGUUGCUGGGGUUGGGCAGAUCAACAGCCAUGCUAACCAUGCCAGUGUCCCCCAACAGGGCCACCCUCCUAUACCCCAGCCUAAGGCCUGGAACCAGCGAGGACUGACUGAGUACCAGCAUGUACGUCAUGUUUUUAACUCGAACUGGCCUAAUAAAACAUCAAGCCUAGUCCUGGACUCAAAAUGAUAUUCUCCAUUGAAAGUGCUUCUUAGGCUUGAUCUGUGUCUGGGAAACCGGCCCCAAGGUUUUUUUUUAAAUUAUGAGCGAGAGACGUGACUAUUCUCUUCCAAUGCAGCCCUUAUGAUUUUUGGUUGCAACUCAAGUCACAUGGGUUUUAACAACAACUUCAUCUCCCCUCCGAACAGGAGCACCAACAUUAUAGCCAUGGUGAAGGUUACACGUACACCAGCGUGGGUACCGAGCAGUCUGCAGCAGCCGGUCCUGAUUUCUCCACGGAGGAGGCGGGGUAUGGAGAUGAGCUGUACCCACGUGGCGCUGUUCUCCCUGGGGUGGAGUACCAAGUAGUGGGGGGGGGACAGAGGGACGAGGAGAGCUACGCCGGUGGGGAUCAGAACAACACCAGGAAGCACGUCCAAGUGAGUGGGGUCAUAUUUUAUUUUUAUUUUUUACUUCAACAAGAUUUUGAUGAGAGUAGAUGUUGUUGUUGUUUUUUUCAUGUUUUUAUGGACAGUAAUGUGACUGUAAGAAAUCUGGCAUUAAACUCAAUUAGAAUCUUGUUACCAGUAAUAAUAAUGCAUUGAUAUCAUCAAUCAUUAUUCGAUAGUCUCUGGGCUGAUCAAAUUGAUUUAUUGUCUCACCGUUGUUAUGUUGUCCUCCUGUAGAACUUUGACAGUGGCGGAUCAGGAGACCAUUAUAAGGCCAGCUACAACCCCUACCAGCCUGCUAGCCAGACCAAGAUGUUCAACUCCGAGGUCCCUCACCAGCACCUUGACGACCACUAUGACCAGCUGCAGAGAGACUUCCUGGACUCAGCACAGAGUGAGUCUUUUCACAUUGUCUUGGUUGGAUGUUCAUGAUCUUCUCACAAAGUUGGCCAAAAGAAUUACAUUUAAAAAAAAUUUUUUAAGUUGUUCCGAUAUUUACUUGGACGGAUCGAAAAAUUUGACCGGUUAUGUUGUUAUUGUUGUUGUUGUUCUUCAUGGCUUGCUUAUUUGAUGUUUAUUGAUAAGGUAGGAGAUUCAUCCUCAUUUUUUUGUUCCACGUGUCCCAGGUACUGCAGACGCUCAGCAGCUGGCCCAGCUCCAGAUCCUGAACCAGGCCCACCUGAGACAGAUCGAAGACCUGGAGCAGAAACUGGAGGAUUCAAGACGCAACAUGAGAUACCUGGAGCAUCAGUUUGCCAUCGUGAGAGGUAUGUGGAUACUGGGAAACCAUAUGCUAGUCUACUGUCCCACUUCAUGAACUGUCAUGCGCAUGUGUAGUGGAAGUGAAAACUCACCCAUAACAUGUUGGCUGGUGACAUUCACCUUCCCUUAGAUCUGAAACCUAAAGCCAACUGACACUCACGGAUUGACGGACUAGUCUCUUGCUCUGUUGGCUAAGAGGGUUAGCUUUGAGUGGUGUGUUUUUUUGGGGCAGAUGGUUGUGAGUUCCAGCCCAUCUCAUGGCAGAACCGAAUGCACUCUGUUAUACAUGAAUAGCUAGAUGUUCCUCUCCCCCCCCCAGAUGAGAAGGAGGGUCUGGUGGUGAGUCUGAAGGAGUCCAACAGAGUGACGGAGGAGGCCAAGGAGAGAGAGGUGCUGCUGCAGACUAGCGUUAAGUCUUUGGAGCUGCGGGUCCAGGCGCUCACUGACCGAGAUCAUGAGGUACGGUUUAUGUCAGUUGACGUUACCAUGACGAUAAUGGAUUUUGGGGGUUGUAGAACACCCUGCGCUUGAUGGGAGACUUGUAUUCAAAUUCUAGUCGGUUGGAUUGGAACGUUGUCCUAGGGCUGUGGCGGUCAUGACGUUUUGUCAGCCAGUUAUUGUCAUGCGGAUGGAUUACUGCCGGUCUCACGGCAAUUGACCGUUAAUGAACAUAAACACGUUUAGCAUCUCCAGGCCCCCCAUGCAUACAAGCCACUGAUGUGCGCUAUAAUAUACACAAUCACAACAAAUCCGUUAUUUACAGUGCCUUCGGAAAGUAUUCAGACCUCUUGACUUUUUCCACAUUUUGUUACGUUACAGCCCUUAUUCUAAAAUGGAUUAAAUAAGAACAUUUCCUCAGCAAUCUACUCGCAAUACCCCAUAAUGACGAAGCGAAAACAGGUUCUUUAGAAGUUUUUCAAAAUGUAUAAAAAAACAGAAAUACCUUAUCUGCAUAAGUAUUCAGACCCUUUGCUAUGAGACUCGAAAUUGAGCUCAGGUGCAUCCUGUUUCCAUUGAUCAUCCUUGAGAUGUUUUUACAACUUGAUUGGUGUCCAUCUCUGGUAAAUACAAUUGAUAGGACAUGAUUUGGAAAGGCACACACCUGUCUAUAUAGGGUCCACACCUGUCUAUACAGUUGACAGUGCAUAUCAGAGCAAAAACCAAGCCAUGAGGUCGAAGGAAUUGUCCGUAGAGCUCCAAGACAGGAUUGUGUCGAGGCACAGAUCUGGGGAAGGCUACCGAAACAUUUCUGCAGGAUUGAAGGUCCCCAAGAACACAAUGGCCUCCAUCAUUCUUAAAUGGAAGAAGUUUGGAACCACCAAGACUCUUCCUAGAGCUGGCCGCCCGGCUAAACUGAGCAAUUGGGGGAGAAGGGCCUUGGUCAGGGAGGUGACCAAGAAUCCGAUGGUCACUCUGACAAAGCUCCAGAGGUCCUCUGUGGAGAUGGGAGAACCUUCCAGAAGGACAACCAUCUCUGCAGCACUCCACCAAUCAGGCCUUUAUGGUAGAGUGGCCAGACGGAAGCCACUCCUUAGUAAACGGCACGACAGCCCGCUUGGAGUUUGCCAAAAGGCACCUAAAGGACUCUCAGACCAUGAGAAACAAGAUUCUCUGGUCUGAUGAAACCAAGGUUGAACUCUUUGGCCUGAAUGCCAAGCGUCAUGUCUGGAGGAAACCUGGCACCAUCCCUACGGUGAAGCAUGGUGGUGGCAGCAUCAUGCUGUGGGGAUGUUUUUCAGUGGCACGGGACUAGGAGACAAGUCAGGACCGAGGCAAAUUACUGAGAGCUGGGUAGGCUACUCCGGUUUUUAUAGCGAAGCAGCUGAGAAAUCAUUAUAGUAGCAGCUGGGAUCCUCUUCUUUUUUGUGGCAACCAUUAAAACUCUACUUUCACAUGGGAUCGCAUAUAGAAAUGUCUGGGCUUAUAAGAACACUUAUUUCACUUCACACAUCAACCACUGUUUGAGGAGCAGCCUCUCGCUGCGCUACAGGUGAUUAUAUUCCGCCCAAACUCUGUAUGCCUUUUGGCUCUCCAACCCUGUUCCUGCUGCUACCCAGUGUUUAAUUUGGGAAACCAAGUGAAAUCUGUUCGGUAACAUGUUUUCACAACGAAACAUAUUUAAUUAAACUGAUAACAGGCCCUAUCUCUGCGUACCCAAGAAUGAAAUGAAAGGGAGAGAGGAGGAGAUGGAAACGCACGGUGGUGAGAUUCUGUAGCUAAAAGGUAAUGUGUUAGCCGAUUUUUUUUUUUUUUUUAAUUAUUAUGAAAAUAUACAAAAAUGCCCUAUUACUAAGCUAUUUAAAAUCAAAUACAAAUUCACGAUUGUAGGGCUAACUGUAAGCAGCCCUGCACAAUCAAUGAACCAACAGCAUGGCCUCGGCCGAUACGUUCUCUCCCAGACGCAUGGAUAGACAUUUUGGAGCGUAGCAUAAGGUAACCAGGCCAUCCAUUAUGCAUACUAAUACAGUAUCAAAAUUUUUUUCUUGAAUCUAUGUUUUUUUAAUGUUUUUCUGUCGUGCGUAAUAUGCGGUAGGCUAUUGCAUUGUAUAACGACACAAUCAUUAUUUUAAAUAUUUUUAUUUUUUACUUGCCCUAUGAGUAUUCAUAAGCUCUAAUAUGCAUAUGGAUGUUCUACAUGCAACGUCUUAAAUGUUUUAAAAUUAAUCAUCACCUUAGAAAGCGCUGUCCAUUUUGUUGUUUUAGUUUUUAAACAACAUCCACAGCGACCGUGUUUUCCACUCAGUUUCAACCUGUUGAACUUUUUUUUUCUUUCUUUCAAAUUGAUCAAUCACAGUGAGGUCAAACAAUGUAGCCUGACGGUGACUUUUAAAAGCAUGAUACUGUUUUGAUGAUAAGUGUUUGAUGUGGUUUUCGAUUGCAUUUGCAUUGACGUCAGAGUGGUUAGAGGGACAAUGGGAGCCCUGAGUACCAGGCAGUUAGCGACCAGAUGGUUAGAGGAACAAUGGAGCCCUGAGUACCAGGCAGUUAGCGACCUGAUGGUUAGAGGGACAAUGGAGCCCUGAGUACCAGGCAGUUAGCGACCUGAUGGUUAGAGGGACAAUAGAGCCCUGAGUACCAGGCAGUUAGCGACCUGAUGGUUAGAGGAACAAUGGAGCCCUGAGUACCAGGCAGUUAGCGACCUGAUGGUUAGAGGAACAAUGGAGCCCUGAGUACCAGGCAGUUAGCGACCUGAUGGUUAGAGGAACAAUGGAGCCCUGAGUACCAGGCAGUUAGCGACCUGAUGGUUAGAGGAACAAUGGAGCCCUGAGUACCAGGCAGUUAGCGACCUGAUGGUUAGAGGAACAAUGGAGCCCUGAGUACCAGGCAGUUAGCGACCUGAUGGUUAGAGGAACAAUGGAGCCUGAGUACCAGGCAGUUAGCGACUGAUGGUUAGAGGAACAAUGGAGCCCUGAGUACCAGGCAGUUAGCGACCUGAUGGUUAGAGGAACAAUGGAGCCUGAGUACCAGGCAGUUAGCGACCUGAUGGUUAGAGGAACAAUGGAGCCCUGAGUACCAGGCAAGUUAGCGACCUGAUGGUUAGAGAGAACAUGGAGCCUGAGUACCAGGCAGUUAGCGACCUGAUGGUCUUAAGUGAGUUGAGUACUACCAACGCAUGUCCAGAGUGCAAAAGGGGAGAUUAUCAUGACUCAACGGUCAUGUCGAAUUUGACAGCAGUCAUGACUCAUGACUUCCCUUGUGGCAGUAAUACGGUCACCGCAACAACCCUAGUUGUAGACCAGGGUUCCAACCCUGUUCCUGGAGAGCUACCCUCCUGUAGGUUUUAACUCCAACCCUGUUCCUGGAGAGCUACCCUCCUGUAGGUUUUAACUCCAACCCUGUUCCUGGAGAACUACCCUCCUGUAGGUUUUCACUCCGACCCCGUUCCUGGAGAGUUACCCUCCUGUAGGUUUUCACUCCGACCCCGUUCCUGGAGAGCUAACCUCCUGUAGGUUUUCACUUGACUUUUUCCAAGUUUUGUUGUGUUACGGGCCAAAUUUAAAAUUGAUUAUGGUGUACACUCAAUACACCAUAAUGUCAGUGUUUUUUAAAACAUUUUUACAAAGUAAUUAAAAGCUGAAAUGUCUUGAGUAUUCAACCCCUUUGUCAUGGCAAGCCUAAAUAAGUUCAGGAGUAAAAAUGUGCUUAACAAGUCACAUAGGAAGUUGCAUGGACUCACUCUAUGUGCAAUAAUAGUGUUUAACAUAAUUUUUGAAUGACUACAUUUGACAUUUUAGUCAUUUAGCAGACGCUCUUAUCCAGAGUGACAUACAGGAGCAAUUGGGGUUAAGUACCUUGCAACAGAUUUUUCACGUAGUCGGCUCAGAGAUUCGAACCAGCAACCUUACGAUUACUGGUCCAAUGCUCUUAAACACUUGGCUACCUGAUUACCCCAUCACUGUACCCCACACAUACAAUUAUCUGAAAGGUCCCUCAGUCGAGCAGUGAAUUUCAAACACAGAUUCAACCACAAAGACCAGGGAGGUUUUCCAAUGCCUAUUGGUAGAUGGGUAAAAAUGAAGAAAAAAAAAGCAGACCUUGAGUAUCCCUUUCAGCAUGGUGAAGUUAUUAAUUACACUUUGGAUGGUUUAUCAAUACACCCAGUCGCUACAAAGAUACAGGCGUCCUUCCUAACUCAGUUGCCGGAGAGGAAGGAAACCACUCAGGGAUUUCACCAUGAGGCCAAUGGUGACUUAAAAACCGUUACACAGUUCAAUGGCUGUGAUAGGAGAAAACUGAGGAUGAAUCAACAACAUUGUAGUUACUCCACAAUACUAACCUAAUUGACAGAGUGAAAAGAAGGAAGCCUGUACAGAAUACAAAAAUUCAAAAAAAUUCAUCCUGUUUGCAACAAGGCACUAAAGUAAUACUGCAAAAAAUGUGGCAAAGCAAUUCACUUUUGGCCUGAAUACAAAGUGUUAUGUUUGGGGCAAAUCCAAUACAACACAUUACUGAGUACCACUCUUCCAUAUUUUCAAGCAUAGUGGUGGCUGCAUCAUGUUAUGGGUAUGCUUGUAAUCAUCAAGGACUGGGGAGUUUUUCAGGAUAAAAAAUAAACAGAAUGGAGCUAAGCACAGGCAAAAUCCUAGAGGAAAACCUGGUUCAGUCUGCUUUCCACCAGACACUGGGAGAUGAAUUCACCUUUCAGCAGGACAAUAACCUCAUUUCGAAAAGAAUAAUGGGCAAAUAUUGCACAAUCCAGGUGUGGAAAGCUCUUAGAGACUUACCCAGAAAGACUCAUAGCUGUAAUCGCUUCCAAAGGUGCUUCUACAAAGUAUUGACUCGGGUGUGAAUACUUAUGUAAAUGAGAUAUUUCUGUAUUUUAUUUUCUGUAUUUUAUUUAAAUGUGCAAACAAUUAUAAAAACAUGUCUUCACUUCAUCAUUAUGGGGUAUUGUGUGUAGAUGGGUGAGAAAUAAAAAUCUAUUUAAUCCAUUUUUAAUUCAGGCUGUAACACAACAAAGUGGAAUAAGUCAAGGGGUAUGAAUAGUUUCUGAAAGCGCUGUUACUAACCUGAUUCAGCUCAUCAAUCAGCUAAUUAUUAGAAUCCGGUGCGCUAGAUUAGGGUUGGAGUGAACCUACAAGAGGGUAGCUCUCCAGGAACAGGGUUGGAGUGAACCUACAGGAAGGUAGCUCUCCAGGAACAGGGUUGGAGUGAACCUACAGGAGGGUAGCUCUCCAGGAACAGGGUUGGAGUGAACCUACAGGAGGGUAGCUCUCCAGGAACAGGGUUGGAGUGAACCUACAGGAGGGUAGCUCUCCAGGAACAGGGUUGGAGUGAACCUACAGGAAGGUAGCUCUCCAGGAACAGGGUUGGAGUGAACCUACAGGAGGGUAGCUCUCCAGGAACAGGGUUGGAGUGAACCUACAGGAGGGUAGCUCUCCAGGAACAGGGUUGGAGAGUCCUGUUGUAGACACUGGUUCUCUACCCUUCUCCCGAAAUGUGCUCCUUUUCAUGGAUUUAACUAUGUUGGGAACCUACCUCAGCUAGUGCAGUGCCCACUUUGUGAGAAGAGUUGAGGAUAAGCCUGCGGAAUACAAAUAGUGUGUGUGUGUGUGUGUGUGUGUGUGUCUCUCUCUCCCUCUAGAACACUAAACAGCAGCAUGUGGCGGAGGCAGCAGUGGACAGCAUGCAGCAGCAGAUGAUGGAACUGUGUCGGUCAGACAGUCUGUCCAGAGCCAGAGAGCAACACGACAGAGACCUGACAGUGGUCAGAGAGCAGCAUGACGCCAAGCUGCUGGUGUUACAGCAGAGACUGGACGCCUGCACUCAGGCCCUGGAAGAACAGGUCAGGACCCAGUGGAAUUGAUGUUGUCGUCAUAUUAACCAGUAAACAUUAUCACUUAUCGUUUGUUCUUGGUAUCACUCUUGACUAUCUUGACUAUUUUGAGCUAAUGAGACAUUGUAAGCGGUUCAUACAUGCUUAUGACAAUGUAAUGAAUGCAUUAUAACCGCAGGCUUUAAAUGAAUCCAUCGUGAAAUUUACUGUAUUGGUCCUGGGUGCUCUCUGGUCACGAUUGACUGUGAACCUGAGAGUUGUCACAGUGCUGUCAGUGAAUCCCAUACUAACCACUGUAGUUGCUGUGGUAUGGUCCAGGCGGAGGUGGUCCAGUGUCUGCGUGAUCAGGUGAGGCAGCAGGCUAGACGGAGAGAGGAGGAGCAGGUGGAGAGAGCAGGAGUCAUCAACACCCUCACACAGCAUCUAGAGGAGAGCCAACAGCAGUGUGCCAAACUGCUACAGACUGGUGUGUGUCUGUGUCCGUCUGUGUCCGCGUGUGUCCGUCUGUGUCUGUCCGUGUGUAUGUUUGUGCUGUCCAAACUGCUCCGUGUUUGUGUGAGUGCUGUCACCAACAUGGGAAAUGUUGAAGCCCCCUCUGUCCAUCACCUGUUUAUUGAAGCCCUCUCUGUCAUCACCUGUUUAUUGAAGCCCUCUCUGUCCAUCACCUGUUUAUUGAAGCCCUCUCUGUCCAUCACCUGUUUUAUUGAAGCCCUCUCUGUCCAUCACCUGUUUUAUUGAAGCCCCCUCUGUCCGUCACCUGUUUAUUGAAGCCCUCUCUGUCAUCACCUGUUUAUUGAAGCCCCCUCUGUCCAUCACCUGUUUAUUGAAGCCCCCUCUGUCCAUCACCUGUUUAUUGAAGCCCCCUCUGUCAAUCACCUGUUUAUUGAAGCCCCCUCUGUCCAUCACCUGUUUAUUGAAGCCCCCUCUGUCCAUCACCUGUUUAUUGAAGCCCCCUCUGUCCAUCACCUGUUUAAAAUCAAAUCAAAUCAAAUUUUAUUGGUCACAUGCGCCGAAUACAACAGGUGCAGACAUUGCAGUGAAAUGCUUACUUACAGCCCUUAACCAACAGUGCAUUUAUUUUAAACAAAAAAGUAAAAAAUAAAACAACAACAAAAAAAAGUGUUGAGAAAAAAAAGAGCAGAAGUAAAAUAAAGUGACAGUAGGGAGGCUAUAUAUACAGGGGGGUAUUGAAGUAUACAGGGGGUUUAUUGAAGCCCCCUCUGUCCAUCACCUGUUUAUUGAAGCCCCCUCUGUCCAUCACCUGUUUAUUGAAGCCCCCUCUGUCCAUCACCUUUUUAUUGAAGCCCCCUCUGUCCAUCACCUGUUUAUUGAAGCCCUCUCUGUCCAUCACCUGUUUAUUGAAGCCCCCUCUGUCAAUCACCUGUUUAUUGAAGCCCCCUCUGUCCAGCACCUGUUUUAUUGAAGCCCUCUCUGUCCAUCACCUGUUUUUAUUGAAGCCCUCUCUGUCCAUCACCUGUUUUAUUGUUCAGGUUCAGUCCAGGAGAUGGGCCAGCUGCAAAUGAAACUACAGCAGACUCAGUCAGCCAAGACCAUGAGUGACAACAUGAACAAAGCCUUGCAGGUAUUCUCUUAGGUCCUUUUUGAUUUGCAUCCAGAAAUGUAGAUGUUGAUAAUGAAUAGUCAAAUGUGUAUCACAAAAAACACUUUUGUUGUUUCUAUGCAGAAGUGCACUUUGUCGAGUUAAAGAAAUGUAAACGUAAGAAUGUAAUGAAAGGAAAAUGUGCUUCAUGUUAAACCGCUCUUCUGAAGGAUCAGAUCGACCUUUAAUACCUGUUUAUAAGCCUUUAAUACCUGUUUAUAAGCCUUUAAUACCUGUUUAUAAGCCUUUAAUACCUGUUAUAAGCCUUUAAUACCUGUUAUAAGCCUUUAAUACCUGUUAUAAGCCUUUAAUACCUGUUUAUAAGCCUUUAAUACCUGUUAUAAGCCUUUAAUACCUGUUUAUAAGCCUUUAAUACCUGUUAUAAGCCUUUAAUACCUGUUAUAAGCCUUUAAUACCUGUUAUAAGCCUUUAAUACCUGUUAUAAGCCUUUAUAAUGCCUUAUUAUAGCGGUUAUAAUGUUAUGUCACUUUUUUCUCCAUCUCAGGAGGAGUUGUCUGAGCUGAAGGAGCAGAUCUGUCUGUAUGAGUCUGCAGUGAAACAUGGAGUCAUCUCUGUUGAGGUGAACGGAGGAGAUCUAUGGGAGAACCAGCUGUCUGACUCCUAUGUAGACCUGGGGAUCAAGAAGACUAACUGGAAGAACGGACGAGUUCACAGGUACGCAAUGGAACAAUUGAAUGUUGUACCUUUUAGAUGUGAACUUGAAGUAUCCACUUAGUUUCAGGGUUGGUGUAAAUUGUAUUUCAGUUCAGUCAAAUUCAGAAAGUAAACUGAAUGAGGAGUUAAAAAGUCCGUUUUAUUUCCUACAUUGAAAUGGAAUUGACCCCCAACACUGUUCAGUUUAUAAUCUCCUGAACUCCAGUCUUAUCUGUUAAGAAACUUUUUUUUAAUGUGUAUUAUUAGUGGUCCCGUACGGCUCAGUUGGUAGAGCAUGGCGCUUGCGACGCCAGAGUCGGGGGUUCAGAUCCCGCAAGGACCACAAACAUAAUACAACUGUAUGCACUGUCUGAACUGUCUGUAUGUUGAUUCGGAUAAAAGCGUCUACCUACGUGGCACAUGUAUAAAGUUCUCAGCUGUGUUUUACCAUGUUCUCCUUCUGCCCUGCAGUACUCCUCUGGUGGAGGUGUCUGAGCCCAACCCCAAGCUGCCCAGAGAGAAGGAGGAAGGGGCUGUGAGGGAGCUGAGGGCCGAGCUCCAGCGCUGUCUGGCCAGUCUGAAGGGGAAGAGGCAGAGGAUCAGCCAGCUCCAAGACCAACUACGGGACUCACAGGGACGAGUUAGUGAUGGACAUUUUUUUAUUUUUUUCCCCGAGGAAUUUCAGAUCGCCCUUGCAAAAGAGGUUUCUAAGCUCAAGGCUGUUUCCUGGUUAAAUAAACGUGAAAUUAAAAUAAUUCCCACUAUUUGGAUUCAUCCUCGAUUUGUGUAUAAUUAAAACUCAGAUAUCCCAUCGCCAAAAGUCCUAUUUUCUCUCUUAUUUUGUCCUAUUUUCUUUCUUGUCCGGAUCCCGUCCCUGCAGGUGGACCAGCUACAGACCCAGUUAGACCAGGACCAGACCAGCAACACCGCAGAAACCAGACCAAUGGACACGCAUCCAGAUGUAGCUUCCCAGAAAGAGUUGUCCAGACUGCAGGAGGACAGGCAGCGCCUACAAGAACGCCUUGAGGUUGGCAGCUGAAUUUAUCAUUUGAUAACAAGUCUCGAAAGCUUUUCACACUAUUGAGCUGCACCAAGCUGAGCUAAACCAAUCUGUGACGAGCCCAAAACGUUUCGUUCUGGUUUGACACGGGAAGUGUGAAGAGGGUGUCUCUGUUGAACUGAAGUCCCAAUACAUGAUAGCUCAGCUGGUAGAGGAUGGUGCUUUUGCAAGACCAGGAUAGUGGGUUCGAUUCCCGGGACCACCCAUACGUAAAAAAUGUUUUAUGCACGCAUGACUGUAAGUCGCUUUGGAUAAAAGUGUUUUCUAAAUGGCAUUAUUAUUAUUAUUAUUAUAAUUAUUAUUAUUAUUUCUACUAUUAUUAUUAUUACUACUAUUUAUUAUUAUUAUUAUGAUGAUGAUCCAUCAACCGCUCUUUCCAGCACACACCUCAGUGUUACAUUCUCACAGUCGUUUUCCUGUCUGUCUGUCUGUCUGUCUGUCCCGUCUGUCUGUCUGUCUGUCCCCCCUCCCAGACCCUAGAGAAGAGGAACGUGGAGCUGAAGCAGAGUGAGGAGAAGGUGAAGGGGGCUAACUCUGAGCUGUGUACCAAGAUGAGAGAGAUGAUUCAGGAGCUGGAUCAGGAGAAGCAGGAGGCUGCCCAGAGGUCAGUCUGGGGUGUUGUGGCUGUCCACGUGAAUACUGCACGUCUAACGUUGACAUCUGACUCUUGCACUGUGUAAGACUUCUGAUGUGCUGCAUGUCAGAUAAGUGAAUAUCUGUGUCUUGGCAUCCUAGAGAGAGAAUAGUUUUAUCAUCUCUAUAGCUGGUGUGCAAUAUGACACAGAGAAUGUCCUAAUGGAUACAAGUCAUCACAUGGGGAAAAUAAGUGACUGUGCGGGUGUGUAAUGACUCAUGGCGUUACGACUGUACUGAUGUGUGUGUUGUCCAGGUAUGAGCGGACCCAGCAGCAGUUCAGAGAUGACGUAGUGAACCGUGUUCGUUCUGAACUGGCCCUGGAACACACAGCACAGAUGGAUGACAUCACAGCAGACCACCAGCUGCAGAUACAACAGCUACAGUAAGGGCUGCUGUUGCUAAGAGCUUGGCCCUGGGGCUGCUGUUGCUAAGAGCUUGGCCCUGGGGCUGCUGUUGCUAAGAGCUUGGCCCUGGGGCUGCUGUUGCUAAGAGCUUGGCCCUGGGGCCGCUGUUGCUAAGAGCUUGGCCCUGGGGCCGCUGUUGCUAAGAGCUUGGCCCUGGGGCCGCUGUUGCUAAGAGCUUGGCCCUGGGGCCGCUGUUGCUAAGAGCUUGGCCCUGGGGCCGCUGUUGCUAAGAGCUUGGCCCUGGGGCCGCUGUUGCUAAGAGCUUGGCCCUGGGGCCGCUGUUGCUAAGAGCUUGGCCCUGGGGCCGCUGUUGCUAAGAGCUUGGCCCUGGGGCCGCUGUUGCUAAGAGCUUGGCCCUGGGGCCGCUGUUGCUAAGAGCUUGGCCCUGGGGCUGCUGUUGCUAAGAGCUUGGCUCGGUUGAUAAGAGUGUGACGCCAGCAACGGCUUGGCCCUGGGGUCCAAUUCUCGCAGGGAUCACAUGCGUACAUUUUAGUCAUUUAUCAGACGCUCUUAUUCAGAGCGACUUACAGGAGCAAUUGGGGUUAAGUGACUUGCUCGUGGGCACGUCAACAGAUUUUUUCACCUAGUCAGCUUGGGGAGUCGAACCGUCGACCUUUCGCUCUUAACCACUUGGCUACCUGUCGCCUGUAGGUCGCUGCCUGUCGCCUGUAGGUCGCUACCUGUCGCCUGUAGGUCGCUACCUGUCGCCUGUAGGUCGCUACCUGUCGCCUGUAGGUCGCUGCCUGUCGCCUGUAGGUCGCUACCUGUCGCCUGUAGGUCGCUACCUGUCGCCUGUAGGUCGCUGCCUGUAGGUCGCUACCUGUCGCCUGUAGGUCGCUGCCUGUAGGUCGCUGCCUGUCGCCUGUAGGUCGCUGCCUGUCGCCUGUAGGUCGCUACCUGUCGCCUGUAGGUCGCUACCUGUCGCCUGUAGGUCGCUACCUGUCGCCUGUAGGUCGCUACCUGUCGCCUGUAGGUCGCUACCUGUCGCCUGUAGGUCGCUACCUGCCGCCUGUAGGUCGCUACCUGUCACCUGUAGGUCGCUACCUGCCGCCCGCUACCUGUCGCCUGUAGGUCGCUACCUGUCACCUGUAGGUCGCUACCUGCCGCCCGCUACCUGUCGCCUGUAGGUCGCUACCUGCCGCCUGUAGGUCGCUACCUGCCGCCCGCUACCUGUCGCCUGUAGGUCGCUACCUGUCGCCUGUAGGUCGCUACCUGCCGCCUGUAGGUCGCUACCUGCCGCCCGCUACCUGUCGCCUGUAGGUCGCUACCUGCCGCCUGUAGGUCGCUACCUGUCACCUGUCGUCGCUACCUGUAGGUCGCUACCUGCCGCCGCAUGUAAGUGGCCUUGAGUGAAAGUGUCUGCAAUGCAGCAGAUAAACCAUACUCUGCUCUCUCAAACUACGUCAGGAACCGUUUGAGGUCUCCUGUAUAACCUCAUCUACAGUGACAUCCUUUCUUCUCUGGACAGAGCCAAGCUGUGUGAGGCGACUGGGGAGAUGGUGGCAGUACAGGAGUGUUACAUCUCACUCUGCAAGGAGAAAGACAGGCUGGAGGAAAACCUGCAGGGAAGAAUGGAAGAGGAGGAGGAAAGGAGACAGAAGGAGGUAUAUAGUCUAGUACACACACUUACAUUUACAUUUUAGUCAUUUAGCAGACGCUCUUAUUCAGUGCGUGCAUACAUUUUUCAUACUGGCCCCCCGUGGGAAUCGAACCCACAACCCUGGCGUUGCAAGCGCCAUGCUCUACAUGCUAUAUGAACAAUAGCCUCGUCCCAGAACUAGUUGUGUUGUGUUGUCUUGUUGUUGUCUUGUGUUUGUUGUUGUGUUGUCUUGUCUACUCCUGUGUUUGUUGUCAUGUGGAGUUGGCUGUAGAGCUAAAUCAGGUCUGGAAACGGGCAAGGAACACUGGUGCAGAGAAUGCCUUUUUAUUUCUGUGAACUAUUAUUUGUAUUUAUUUUCUAUAUAAGACAAAUAAGAAGUCUUCAGGGGAGCGACCACACUGAACAAGAGGAAGAAAACAACUAACAAAUAAAUGAAGAGAAGAGUCAGGAAGGGAAACACAGAACAGACAGCGUGUACACAUCAGAACAGACAGCGUGUACACAGUAUGUACACACAUCAGAACAGACAGCGUGUACACAGUAUGUACACAUCAGAACAGACAGCGUGUACACAGUAUGUACACAUCAGAACAGACAGCGUGUACACAGUAUGUACACAUCAGAACAGACAGCGUGUACACAGUAUGUACACAUCAGAACAGACAGCGUGUACACAGUAUGUACACAUCAGAACAGACAGCGUGUAUACAGUAUGUACACACAUCACAACAGACAGCGUGUAUACAGUAUGUACACACAUCACAACAGACAGCGUGUAUACAGUAUGUACACACAUCAGAACAGACAGCGUGUACACAGUAUGUACACUCAUCAGAACAGACAGCGUGUACACAGUAUGUACACAUGUAAUGACCAAACAUACGGACAGUGGCCUAUAAUAGCAGCCAAACAUCCUAAAGAGGAGUAUAAACUGGGUGGAAUGCUCAGCCCUGAAUGCUGAUUGGCUGACAGCCGUGGUAUAUCAGACCGUAUACCACGGGUAUGACAAAAUAUUUAUUUUUACUGCUCUGAUUAUGUUGGUAACCAGUUUUAUAAUGGCAAUAAGGCACCUCUGGGGUUUGUGGUAUAUGGCCAAUAUACCACGGUUAAGGGCUGUGUCCAGGCACUCCGAGUUUGCGUCGUGCGUAAGAACAGCCCUUAGCCGUGGUAUAUUGGCCAUAUACCACAAACCCCCGAGGUGCCUUAUUGCUUAAGUAUCCUACAUCACGUUCUGGGGGUACGUGAUAGCCUUGGACCAGUUGGUUAGUGUCUCAAUGCUAGCUCCAUUCAUUUUGGCAGUUGAUCUUUCUACUAUACAUACGUCUUUGAACGUCUACUAAAUGGCUUAUUAUUAUUAUUAUUAUUAUUAUAACGUUAGCACAGUGCAGUAUUCGGUUCAAACCAGCUUUUGAACCAGUUGUUGAAGCUGCUAAGAUUAUUAGCUUUUCUUGAAAAGACGUAGAAAUUUGGACUGUAACCAAAGAGCAUGAAAUAUCUUAUUGAGAACUUUUCCUAAGACGUCAACAACAACAUAUAUAUUUCCAAAGAGCUUCAGCAGUUAUACAGUGCCAAAACAUAUGCAUGUAGUUUCCUAUAACAGAAAAGGAGCAUUUAUUACGUUGAUCAUUGUCCGCAAGCUUCAGUUUAAAUCUACGCUCAGGAGCAGCAAGUAGCCUAGCGGUUAAGCCAUUAACCGAAAGGUUGCUGGUUCGAAUUCCUGAGCCUUCCAAGGUGAAAAAUAUAUAGUCCUUGAGCAAGGCACUUAACCCUAAUUUGCUCCAGGGGCGCCGUACUACUAUGGCUGACCCUGUAAAACAACACAUUUCACUGCACCUAUACAGUGUACAUGACAAUAAAAUAUAAGGAAACACUUUUUUUUGUGCAGAUAUUAAAUGUAUCAGCUGAUUGGAAAUGUUUUUAUUUUUAUUUAAAUGAAAAUGUUGCUCCAUAACAUGGGCCAAUUCCAUUCGAUACCGAGGCUCUCCAGGUCUCUUUCCCACAUCAUUGUGACAGCGGAGAGUGUUGACGCUGUGUGAAGAUGACUUAUUAUGAAUUAGGGACAACAUUUCAGUCUUUCUGGUAGAGGAAAUCAACUUUACAUGAGGGUUGGGAGCCUGGACAUGCAUCCCAUGGGACACCAUAGGUUUUCAUAGCUGUACGUAGUUUGAGGUAGAAAAACCGUUAUGAGCCGGGGAUAGAAUAAGUGUCCUUCAGAUCUUGUAAAGAUGGAAGACCCUGUUGGUUGAAGAUAUCAUUUCAAAAUGGGGUUUAGGUGGUGGGCGUGACCAAUGGUGCAAACAUUUUAGAGGCCUUCCUGUUGGCCGCAGUGACAAAAUGUUGCUGUUUUUAAAGCCAACUUCCUGCAAUUCUACACAUUUUGUCAUGAGGCUGAGAGAGAAAUGUGCAAUUUUAAAGCACAUUUCCUGCAAUUCUACAGAAGCUAUUGCAGUUGAAGCAUGCAGAGAUUUGGCCGGUAUGAUGUAGCUUUGCGAUAAAGUCGCUCUCACUACACUGGAAGUUAAUAGGAAUACGACUUUUAGGUCAUACAGGCCGAUGUCGUCAUAACGCGGGAGGAUGUCUUCUCUCGAAUGAGCCAUUUAUCAUAUUUUUGCGGUAUUCCUCCCUCGAGAAUUGUGUCAUUUAACAGAGGCUCCACCACAUUUUUUCCUAUUUGUCUGCCUCUUCAGUCCAGGGUGCAUUGCAGGGUGCCGUUGUGAAUGUCAGACUCCACUCUGCGAGGCACAUCGAUCUGCAGGUUGAACGUGGUGAGAUUGUAGACUCCUAAAUUGAUAGUGCAGUUUGUUUAGGUGAUUUUACAGCUAACUAGCUACGCUACAUGCUGAUAUUGUCUUGGGUAUUAUUGUGUGUAGCUAUAUUUGCUAACUAACCAGCUAGCCAGCCAGCCCAUAGAGAGAGCAUUGCAUUGUGGGUUUUGUAGUCAACUUGAGCUUCAACAGAUUUUCACAGCUGUUUUCACAUGUUGCUACCAACCUUAUUAUAACGACAAAAUGAAACAUUUGUUCACAAAAAAUAUUGUUCUCACAUGUUAGUGUUAUUUAACAGUGUAAAUUAGGGGAAUUAGUAGUUUUGAGUGGAUUUUUCCUUUAAAAGCUCUCAGCUGGAAUGCCCAAUAGUAAUAUCUGAAGUUGGGCAAAGAAAUGCCACCCAACUUUUUUGGACGUGUUAAAGUGGAAAGGCUGAUUUCAGGACCUUUCUCAUUCCAAAUUAAGUUUCUGAGCAAGGCAUCAAUGUCCUUAAAGAAGUUAAGAGGGUGUGAAAGAGGAAGCGUUGCAUUUUUUUUUAUUGAUGCAGGGUAGAAUCGAAAACAAUUUGACCGACACUCAGGGGGGACCAAUUAUUUAAAUCUCUCUUGGAUUUUAACGAGGGAUGCACUAACGUUGUCACCAAUGAUUGAGGGUGGGUGGGUGGGUGGGUCUGAUCUGUAAUGCCCAGGUAAGUAAAGCCGGGACAUUCAAGAGACAGGCAAUGAUGGUAAAUUGACUUCUUUGUCUGUGGCGUUUAAUGACAUUGAGAUAGACUUAGACCAAUUAAUCUUGUAGCUCGUAAAAUAACCAAAUCCUUCAAAGACGCCAAGGACUUGAACAGAGUCGGCAAUGUCAGAUAGGUACAUCAAAAUGUAAUCAAUGUAAAGGGAGAUGUUCAUUUGAUUUAAUAUAGGCGAUAUAUAUAUAUACUGAUGUUCCCUAACAGCCUGCGCUAGAGGUUCUAGUGAGACCGCAAAUCGGCUCGGAGAAAGCGGGCAACCCUGUUUCGUACUCCUAUGCAAUUCAAACUCAGGCGGACCCAUGGCAUGUUUGAACGCGUGCAGAGGGACCAGUGUAAUAACUGGAUAACUGAGGGUCCGAAGUCAAACCGCUUCAAAACUGCUAAUAGAUAGUCCCACUCCACACGGUCCAAGGCCUUCUCUGACAGCAUCCAAAUAACAGGCUGCAGCCUGCUGCUGAACAGCGUCAAUAUGUAGUAAAUUGACGGCCCUUUACGAAGCCCGCCUGGUCCGGAUCACUAGGGAUGAAAUACAAGUGUCCGAUCUUCUUGACAGAACCUUCGCAUGCAGCUUGAAAUCACAAUUCAAAAUUGACAAGGGCCUUUAGCUGGAAUGUUCCAAAGGGCCUUUAGCUGGAAUGUUCCAAAGGGCCUGGAGCUGGAACGUUCCAAAGGGCCUGGAGCUGGAAUGUUCCAAAGGGCCUGGAGCUGGAAUGUUCCAAAGGGCCUUUAGCUGGAAUGUUCCAAAGGGCCUUUAGCUGGAAUGUUCCAAAGGGCCUUUAGCUGGAAUGUUCCAAAGGGCCUUUAGCUGGAAUGUUCCAAAGGGCCUUUAGCUGGAAUGUUCCAAAGGGCCUGGAGCUGGAAUGUUCCAAAGGGCCUUUAGCUGGAAUGUUCCAAAGGGCCUUUAGCUGGAAUGUUCCAAAGGGCCUUUAGCUGGAAUGUUCCAAAGGGCCUUUAGCUGGAAUGUUCCAAAGGGCCUGGAGCUGGAAUGUUCCAAAGGGCCUGGAGCUGGAAUGUUCCAAAGGGCCUGGAGCUGGAAUGUUCCAAAGGGCCUGGAGCUGGAAUGUUCCAAAGGGCCUGGAGCUGGAAUGUUCCAAAGGGCCUGGAGCUGGAAUGUUCCAAAGGGCCUGGAGCUGGAAUGUUCCAAAGGGCCUGGAGCUGGAAUGUUCCAAAGGGCCUUUAGCUGGAAUGUUCCAAAGGGCCUUUAGCUGGAAUGUUCCAAAGGGCCUUUAGCUGGAAUGUUCCAAAGGGCCUUUAGCUGGAAUGUUCCAAAGGGCCUUUAGCUGGAAUGUUCCAAAGGGCCUUUAGCUGGAAUGUUCCAAAGGGCCUGGAGCUGGAAUGUUCCAAAGGGCCUGGAGCUGGAAUGUUCCAAAGGGCCUGGAGCUGGAAUGUUCCAAAGGGCCUGGAGCUGGAAUGUUCCAAAGGGCCUGGAGCUGGAAUGUUCCAAAGGGCCUGGAGCUGGAACGUUCCAAAGGGCCUGGAGCUGGAACGUUCCAAAGGAUCUUUACCAAUUUUUAGAAGGGAAAUAAGGGCUGUUUUCUGAUCUCUGUGAAAAGUUCCCAGCUCAAGCGGAUAAUUAAUUGAGAAUGGCUUUUGACGAUUUGUGUCCUAUUCUCAGCUGAAAACUCUAGAGGAGAGCAGAGCUGCUCUGGAGAAGCUGAGAUCAGACCUGGAGAGCCAGCAUCAGGAGACUGUCACCAAGCUCCGAGCCCUGUGGGCUGAAGAGAAGGACGAGGAGGUCAGACAACAGGUCCAAACCCAGCUGACCAAGUCCAAGGCUACAUGGAGGGAGGAGAAGGAGAAGGUAGGAGUUGUCUUGUUGUGUUCCAUCUGCAGCUAGCUCUUCUUGCUUUAUGAGUGUAUCAGUACUGCCCCCCAUGGACAAAAAAAUCUAAUCAAAGUUUUUAUUUGUCAUAUGCACAGGAGACAGCCAAAGACAGUACAGUAUGAAGAUGAGCAGAAACAGCUUCUCCAAUAGAAAUCCCAGAUCACCUUUUAUAGGCGAUGUUCACAGCGACGUUAGCUAGCUAAGCUCAUGCGCAGAAACACGUCAUCUGGUCUAACGGUCGUGUCGCGCAGAUAUAAAGUUUUUGACAAAAAAUUUAAACGUGUCAGGUUGUCACUUUCACGAGGGUGUAGUAACAACAUGUUCAACUACUGAAGAUAUUGGCUCCAAUCUAUAGGUCAUGCCUUUAAUCUAUAGGUCAUGCCUUUAAUCUAUAGGUCAGGCCUUUAAUCUAUAGGUCAGGCCUUUAAUCUAUAGGUCAGGCCUUUAAUCUAUAGGUCAGGCCUUUAAUCUAUAGGUCAUAUCUUUAAUCUAUAGGUCAUGCCUUUAAUCUAUAGGUCAUGCCUUUAAUCUAUAGGUCAUGCCUUUAAUCUAUAGGUCAUGCCUUUAAUCUAUAGGUCAUGCCUUUUAAUCUAUAGGCCAUGCCUUUAAUCUAUAGGUCAUGCCUUUAAUCUAUAGGUCACGCCUUUAAUCUAUAGGUCACGCCUUUAAUCUAUAGGUCAUGCCUUUAAUCUAUAGGUCAUGCCUUUAAUCUAUAGGUCAGGCCUUUAAUCUAUAGGUCAUGCCUUUAAUCUAUAGGUCAUAUCUUUAAUCUAUAGGUCACACCUUUAAUCUAUAGGUCACGCCUUUAAUCUAUAGGUCAGGCCUUUAAUCUAUAGGUCAUGCCUUUAAUCUAUAGGUCAUGCCUUUAAUCUAUAGGUCAUGCCUGACCGCAAGGCACUACAGAGGGUAGUGCGUACGGCCCAGUACAUCACUGGGGCAAAGCUCCCUGCCAUCCAGGACCUCUAUACCAGGCGGUGUCAGAGGAAGGCCCUCAAAAUUGUCAAAGACUCCAGCCACCCUAGUCAUAGACUGUUCUCUCUGCUACCGCACGGCAAGCGGUACCGGAGUGCCAAGUCUAGGUCCAAAAGACUUCUCAACAGCUUCUACCCCCAAGCCAUAAGACUCCUGAACAGCUAAUCAUGGCUACCCGGACUAUUUGCACUGCCCCCCCACCCCCAUCCUUUUUACGCUGCUGCUACUCUGUUAAGUAUUUAUGCAUAGUCACUUUAACUCUACCCACAUGUACAUAUUACCUCAACUACCUCAACUAGCCGGUGCCCCCGCACAUUGACUCUGCAACGGUACCCCCCUGUAUAUAUAGCCUCCCUACUGUCACUUUAUUUUACUUCUGCUCUUUUUUUCUCAACACUUUUUUGGUUGUUGUUUUAUUCUUACUUUUUUUGUUUAAAAUAAAUGCACUGUUGGUUAAGGGCUGUAAGUAAGCAUUUCACUGUAAUGUCUGCACCUGUUGUAUUCGGCGCAUGUGACCAAUAAAAUUUGAUUUGAUUUGAUUUAAUCUAUAGGUCAUGCCUUUAAUCUAUAGGUCAUGGCUUUCAUCUAUAGGUCAUGCCUUUAGAUCUAUAGGUCAUGCCUUUUAGAUUUCGAGAAAAUUAACAACUAAGGAAUAAUAUUUGACUUCUACCAUUGACUUGCCAAACCGGGGUCUGGUCUGUCGAGUCUGCUUCGUGACACGUUCCUCAAAGUAUCGUGAUGUAGCGCCUCUGGGUUUGGAAACUCUGACACAGCUGGGUGUAAAAGGUACAAUGAAAUGCUUACUUGCGAGCUUUCCCCAACAGUGCAGUGAAAUGUGUGUAUAUAUACAGACAUAAAUUAAUCAGGCCCUAAUCUAUGGAUUUCACAUGACUGGGCCUGGGAGGACAUAGGCCCACCCAUUGGGGAGCCAGGCCCAGCCAAUCAGAAUGAGUUUUUCCCCACAAAAGGGCUUUAUUACAGACAGAAAUACUCCUCAGUUUCAUUAGCUUUCGGGUGGCUGGUCUCAGACGAUCCCACAGGUGAAGAUGCCGGAUGUGGAGGUCCUGGGCUGACGUAGUUACACGUGGUCUGCGGUUGUGAGGCCGGUUGGACGUACUACCAAAUUAUCUAAAACGACGUUGGAGGCGGUUAUUGGUAGAGAAAUGAACAUUCAAUUAUCUGGCAACCGCUCUGGUGGACAUUCCUGCAGUCAGCAUGUCAAUUGCACUCUCCCUCAAAACUGCGAGACAUCUGUGGCAUUGUGUUGUGUGACAAAGCUGCAUAUUUUAGAGUUGUCCCCAGCACAAGGUGCAUCUGUGUAAUUGAUCAUGCUGUUUAAUCAACUUCUUGAUAUGCCACACCUGUCAGGUGGAUGGAUUAUCUUGGCAAAGGAAAAAUGCUCACUAACAGGGAUGUAAACAAAUUUGUGUAGCAAAUUUGAGAGAAAUAAGCUUUUUGUGCAUAUGGAAAAUCUCUGUGAUCUUUUAUUUCAGCUCAUGAAACAUGGGACCAACACUUUACAUGUUGCGUUUUAUAUUUUUGUUCAGUGUAUAUAUAAAAACAAAUAGAACAGUAAGACAAAUACAAUACUGUCAAUAAAAAAUAAAGUAAUCAAGCAUGAAAGAUUUAUUGAAAAAUAUACAGAAUGUACUAUGAAUAUAGUACGUCAGAUAUAAUAGUAGACUAGAGGUGCAGAUCUGUGAUCAUCAGGGUUAUGUUUUAUUGGGGGAAUUCCUGCAUUUGACCUUCCCCUCCUAAACCAAUACGUUAUGCUACUUUUCUUGAUGUUCUAUUAUUGAGUACGGUUACAUGCACACAAUAAUACGAUUUAAAUGUUUACAUGCAUUUUAACCUAAAAAUCGUAUUUACAUGGACACAUCUGAAAUCAAGCUACCUGAUGGGACAUUUGAUAAAUGCAGAAAAUCGGCAAUUAAAAUAAAGGUUCUACCACAGCGACCAUGUUGUUUUUGGGAAGCAUAUUUGAUUCUGAGUUCGGACAUAUAAAGUUUGUAUGUGAACUGUUUCUAAGAUGCAUACUUUCAGUUUUUCCGAACUCAUAACUUGACUCGCGCAUAAGAGGGAGGCUCGCUGGGCUGGUGCUGCCACAUGCGUAGAUCAAAUACACAGCUGGAACACCCAUUUUUAAGCUGUUUACGUGUCCUAAUAAUUUGAAAGAUUGCUCAGAAAACCAGGUGUUUUAAUCAAGUGUAUGCUUACUCCGAUUAUGACCGUACGCCGAUUUAAGAUAAGAAGAUUAAGGUGUUUACAUGACUAAUGCCAUACUCUGCCUUCUGCGAUUAAUCCAGUUUAAUACCAAAUUAUUAGUGUGCAUGUAAACAUUCUCAUUGUCCCGAUCACAUCCCUGGAUAAUAUAUCUCUAUGGUUUUCCCUCCUCUGUCCUGUGAAGACUGAGAGGUACUGGGCUCAGAGGUUAGAGGCAGCCGUAGCAGACGCCAGAAGACCGAGACCCACAGACACCCAGGAGUCUUCCUCUCAGACAGACCUCACUGCGGAGGAGAAGGCCUGUCAGACAUCCAGCCCUGAGGAGACCAAGGCUGCUCCAGGCUGCAGUAUGGAGGAGCUGGACACCAGGUCUUUUACGCAUUUUAUUCUGUUGAAAUUGUGUUAUUGUAGUGAUUUCAUUUCUUCAUGACAAUCUAUGGUUGUAAAUUGUGUACAAAUCAGUCUGAUUGAUUGACUUACUUGACUUAAGCCCUUGGCUCCAAUGAGAAGCAUAGGAUGUCUAUGACUGUGAACAACCAAUAAACACUACUACUACUACUACUACUACUACUACUACCAAUACUACUACUACUACGACUACUACUACACUACUACACUAACACGACUACUACUACUACUACCACACCACACCACUACUACUACCACCACCACACUACUAAACUACUACACUACUACCACUACUAAUACUACACGACUACUACUACACUACUACUACCACACCACUACUACUACUACCACUCACUACACAACUACUACGGUACACUACUAUUACUACUACUACUACUACCACUACACUACACUACUAUACACGACUACGACGUACUACUACUACUAACUACUACUACUAACUACUACUAACUACUACCAAUACUACUACUACUACACUACUACUACUACUACUAUACUACUACUACCACUACUACUAUGACGACUAUACUACUAGACACAACUACACGAUACACUAACGACUACUACUACUACAUACUACGACUACGACUACUACUACUACUACCAAUACAUUACUACCACUACUACUACAUACUACUACUACUACUACUACUACCAAUACUACUACUACUGGUACUACUACUACUGACUACUACUACUACUACUACUACUACUACUACUACUACCAAUACUACUACUACUGGUACUACUACUACUACUACUACUACUACUACUACCAAUACUACUACUACUGGUACUACUACUACUAACUACUACUACUAACUACUACAGGCUCCGGGAACAGAGGCUCCAGCUGCAGCGAGAGGCAGACACGGCACGACGCAGGGCAGUGGAGGAUGCUGGGAAACGAGUCCAGAAAGAACUACAGGAGAAACACCUGGAGGACAUGGCCAAACAGGUCAGGGGAGGGACCAUUUUUAAUCAAGUCUUCUGUCUGAAUCAUAUGUAUUCAUCUUUUAGUUAUACAGGUGAUCACAUCGCCAUGUUUUUUUCAUGGGAGAGGCCUAUCCACUUGUGAGGUGUGUUUUAAUGUGAAAUCAAAUGACUGUGUCGUGGCUUUUCUGGGUCAGUAGUAUUGAUGGUGCUUCUUGAGUAUGAGGGGUCCCUGGUUGGAGCCCAGGUCGGGACAGGAAGGGAGGGAUCUACUCUGUAACGUUGGAGCCUUAGUGACCAUCACAGAGCUGGGCCCCUGAUCUAGGAUCAGGUCUGGGCCCGUAUUCAUAAAAGCGUCUCAGAGAAGUAGUGCUGGGGUGUAGUCAUUCGUCCAAAACCUUUUGCUAUGGAAACCGUUUACUCCAAACUGAAAACUUGUUGCAACGAAAACGUGUUUCUAUUGGACACAUUCAGGGACACUGUAUAUACAAAAUUAUGUGGACACCCCUUCAAAUUAGUGGAUUCGGCUAUUUCAGCCACACCCGUUGCUUACAGGUGUAUACAAUCGAGCACACAGCCAUGCAAUCUCCAUAGACAAACAUUGGCAGUAGAAUGGCCUUACUGAAGAGCUCUGUGACUUUCAACAUGGUACAGUCAUAGGAUGCCACCUUUCCAACAAGUCAAAUUUCUGCCCUGCUAGAGCUGCCCCGGUCAACUGUAAGUGCUGUUAUUGUGAAGUGGAAACGUCUAGGAGCAACAACGGCUCAGCCGUGAAGUGGUAGGCCACACAAGCUCACAGAACGGGACCACCGAGUGCUGAAGACCGUAGCGCGUAAAAAUCAUCUGUCCUCGAUUUCAACACUCACUACCGAGGCCCAAACUGCCUCUGGAAGCAACUUCAGCACAAUAACUGUUAGUCCGGAGCUUAAUGAAAUGGGUUUCCAUGCGCAAUGCCAAGUGUCGGCUGGAGUGGCGUAAAGCUCGCCGCCAUUGGACUCAGGAGCAGUGGAAACGUGUUCUCUGGAGUGAUUAAUCACGCUUCACCGUCCGGCAGGCCGACGGACGAAUCUGGGUUUGGCGGAUGCCAGGAGAACGCUACCUGCCCGAAUGCAUAGUGUCAACUGUAAAGUUUGGUGGAGGAGGAAUAAUGGUCUGGGGCUGUUUUUUCAUGGUUCGGGCCCCUUAGUUCCAGUGAAGGGAAAUCUUAACGCUACAGCAUACAAUGACAUUCUAGACCAGGGGUGUCAAACUCAUUUUAGCUCAGGGGCCACAUGGAGGAAAAUCUAUUCCCAAGUGGGCCGGACCGGAAAAAUCAUGGUAUAUAUAACUUAAAAACAACAACUUCAGAUUGUUUUCUUUGUUUUAAUACGAUCAACAUACAACAUAAAGCUGGAGCCUGAGGACAGUGUGUCCAAAAUAGUACAAGCACAACAUCACUAUUAAUCAUAAAACACGUCAAGUUUAUUUGAAAAUUCUAAAGAAAAAGAACACACAAACACACAAUGCCUCAGUGAUUAACAGAACUGUUUCACAGAUCACAGAACUAUAUCAGGGUGUCAUUUCUCAGGCAGAAAUGUAGAUAAAAAUAAUGAAAUCCUGUUCCCCAAACAAGUGCAAGAACCACAGAGUCAAGAAUAGGUUAAAUAUACAAAUAAAAUAAAAUCAAUUAAAAACAAUAGCACAUCAACAUAAAAACAUAUAAACAUAAAUCUGAAAGCAUUGCUCAAACUCCCGUAACAGUCCAGUUAUUUUAUCUUUGAACCGCUUCAUGUCUGCCACAUGUUGGGUCGCGCACACAUUUUUCAGACAGGGGAAGUGAGCUGCAUCACCACCGGCAAGUUGCGUCUCCCACAAUGACAGCUUCAACUUGAAAGAACGUAUGCUGUCAUAAUACUGCGUGACAACUUUGUUGCGCCCUUGCAGCUGUUUGUUCAAGUUAUUCAGGUGCUCUGUAACAUCCACCAUAAAUGCAAGGUCCGGCAUCCAUUCUGCGGAAUGAAAUUCUAACACUGGUUUGCCCUUUUCUUCCAUGAACUGUUCAAUUUCUUCUCGUAAAUCAAAGAAACGCCUCAGCACAGCACCUCGGCUUAACCAUCUUACCUCAGUGUGGUAUGGCAGGCCAUAGAUGUGGUCUUUCUCUCUGAGAAGGCUGUCAAACUGACGGUGAUUCAGGCUUCUGGAUCGGAUGAAAUUAACAGUUUGGAUGACCACCUUCAUGACGUUAUCCAUCUUUAAUGACUUGCAACACAAAGCCUCCUGGUGCAAAAUACAGUGAAAAGUCAAAAAAAUCACAUCCUCCAUUUGCAGAUUGCACUUUCUCUCUGAACUUUGUCACAACGCCUGCUUUUUUCCCGAUCAUUGAGGGCGCACCAUCUGUAGCCAGGCUGACAGCGCGGGACCAGUCCACUCCGACCCUGUCCAGCGCGCCGACGAGUGCGGUAAAAAUAUCAGCUGCUGUCGUUGUAUCUGUCAUCGGCACCAACUCCACGAACUCCUCGGUGACGGUCAAUGUGUCAUCAACUCCGCGGAUGAAAAAAUGGCCAGUUGUGCAACAUCUGUAAUGUCCGUGCUUUCAUCAAUUGCAACCGAAAACGCAAUAAAUGACUUUACUUUUUGCUUCAACUGGCUGUCCAAAUCCACUGAAAGAUCGGAAAUCCUGUCUGCAACUGUUUCUUGUCAGGCUGAUAUUUGCAAAAGCCUGCCGCUUUUCAGGGCACACAAUCUCCGCUGCCUUCAUCAUGCAUGUUUUUACAAAUUCACCCUCACUAAAUGGUUUUGAAGCCACUGCGAUUUCAUUAGCAAUGAGGUAGCUAGCUUUCACUGCAGCGUCACUGAUGUCUCGGCUGUGAGUAAACACAGACUGCUGUUUCUUCAGACCCGCCAACAGUUCAUUCACCUUCUCUCAUCUCCGCUGUCCUUGAAAGUUGUCAUAUUUGUCGGCAUGAAGACUCACAUAGUGGCGACGAAGGUUAUAUUCUUUCAGCACUGCAACAUGCUCUGAACACACCAAACAUACAGCUUUCCCAUUCAAUUCCGUGAUUAAAUAGGAUGACAAUUUUUCUUGGAACACUCUGCACUCUGCGUCCACUUUUCUCUUUUUUGACAGAGACAUAUUGGGGCAAUGAGGGUGCCAAAGCACAUAAUGUUAAAAGUAGAAGCCGUAAUAAAUAUCGCGGGCAAAACAAAGUAGGUCAUUGGCUGCACGUGCUUGACCUACUUGCUCUGCCCCGGUAUAAACAGUUUGCUUGCUUAACACAAUUGCUAUUGCGCCAUCCAGUGGACUCAAUUGGAACAGCAGUUUAUUUUUAUUGAAAAAUUGCAGCGCAUUUUUAUACUUAAAAAAAAAAAAAACACCCCUGUUCUAGACGAUUCUGUGCUUCCAACUUUGUGGCAACAUGUUUCUGCAUGACAAUGCCCCGUGCACAAACCGAGGUCUAUACAGAAAUGGUUUGUCGAGAUCUGUGUGGAAGAACUUGACUGGCCUGCACAGAGCCCUGACCUCAACCCCAUCGAACACCUUUGGGAUGAAUUGGAACGCCGACUGCGAGCCAGGCCUAAUCGCCCAACAUCAGUACCCGACCUCACUAAUGCUCUUGUGGCUGAAUGGAAGCAAGUCCCCGCAGCAAUGUUCCAACAUCUAGCGGAAAGCCUUCCCAGAGGAGUGGAGGCUGUUAUAGCAGCAAAGGGGGGGGACCAACAAUAUAUUAAUGCCCAUGAUUUUGGAAUGAGAUGUUCGACGAGCAGAUGUCCACAUACCUUUGGUCAUGUAGUGUAUGUCCUUCCCGGUUUGGUUCCAUUUGGUUCUGUUUUGGUUCCUAGUGAAUACACCCCUGAUCUGGGAUCAGGUCUUCCCCUUUCUCCAUGUAAUCUUAUUCAUUAUGAUCUAAAAGGCUAAACUGGUCCUAGAUCAGCCCUCCUGCUCUGAGAGACUUGGUGAAUGUCUCUCUGAUUUUUUUGUCUCUUCCUACAGGUUGAAGGGGCAGUAACCAGAGGCUACAGCCGCUGGCUCCAGGACCUCCCCUCCCUGCCGGAGUACAAGGCAGCGCUCCAGAGAGAGCGGGAGAACUGGGAGAGUGAACAGGAGAAACAUGUUCAACAACAGGUACAGCUGUGUGUCACUGUGUUCGUGUCUGAAUCAGUCUGUGAUGUUGCUUUUAUAUUGGGGACCACCACUCAUCUUUUUGGCAAAGUUUCUACAGUAUUUAACAUCUAAACGAUGAAUGAAUUGAAAGAUUAGCGGUGAAAUGGUCCUUUUUAACUAACUUCAUCCCAGUAGUCGGAUGGUAACAAAACGUAGCACUUCUUCUGCUUCACUCCAAAGCACCUUGUAGUUGUAGUUUCUCUCUGCUUGUGUCAGGUGUCCCUAGCCCUGAGGGCAGCAGAGGAGAGGUGGCAGGAGGAGAGGCUGAGGAGUUCAGAGGAGGAGGAGCAGGGAGGAGCAGGAGGAGACCAGAGGGUUGAGGAGCUCCAAGAAGAGGUGCAGCGUUGGAGGCAGCUGGAGGAGGACCUGAAGACGGAGGUGGAGGAGGUGGCACAUCUGCAGAGCCAGGUGGAUGAUCUGCAAAGCCAGCUAGGCCGUGAGAGGGAGGAUAAGGCUGCCCUGCUGGAGGCCGAGCUACUUGCAGCCAGAGCCUCCUGGAGCAGAGACAAACAGCAGGAGAUCUCCUCCCUGCAGAUCUUCCAGGAGGAGCAGCUGAAACAGGCGCAGAAGGAGGCGCGGAAGGAGGCCAAUGGGGAGCUGGAGCGCCAGAGGAAGGAGCUCCUCUUGCAGAAGGAGGCUGAGCUGCAGCAGGCUCUGAGGGACCGAGAGGAGGACUGGAAGAGCCAGGAGGAGAGGAGGGGCCAGGUGGAGAGGAGGCAGGGCAGAGAGGAGGCACGGGAGGAGGUGCUCCAGGAGCUUAAGGCUGGGCUGAAGGAGGUGCAGGCUGUGCUCCUCAGAGGAGGAGCCCACAAAGAGAAGGAAAACAAAGGAGAGGUGGAGGGGAGGAGGAGAGCCAGCGGGAGCGUCGGAGAACUCCUCAUGUCUACCUGUAAAGACCUUCUCCUUAAAGCUGUAGCCCAGGCAAAGAAGGAGUGGAAGAAGGUGGCGCUCUCUCUCUCUCUGUCUCUCUCUCUCUCUCUCUCUCUGUCUCUCUCUCUGUCUCUCUGUCUCUCUCUCUCUCUGUCUCUGUCUCUGUCUCUCUCUCUCUGUGUCUCACACACUCACACACACACACACACACAUAUAUAUAUAUAUAUUCUACCGUCAGUGUGAUAACUAGUAUCAUUAGACUUUAGAGCUGUGACCUGGAAGCAGGGCUACCACUGUGUUAAGAUACUGUAUUGUGUAAGACAUUGAUAGUUGAAUCUGACUAAUACUUAUUUCAUGUUGUUCUCCAGAUCAGUGAGGAGAGGCUUGGCCGGGUGCUGAAGGAAACUCAAGAGCGCCAUGAGAAAGAACUCAACCAGAUUCAUAGUAUGUUUCUUCUCAAGUCUUCUCUAUUCACUGUGAAUGGAAUAAUAUGGCACUUAGCAGACCCUGUUAUCCACAGAAACCUACAGUACAAUGAGUGUGUAUGUGAUCUCAGCGGGAAUUGAACCCCCCAAUUUUGAAGAAUACAUAAAAUGCCUGAAGUGAGAGCAAAAACCUUUUUUAAGUAGGAUUUCAUAUGAUGUGUUGUUCUUCCGCCUACUCAGGCUCCACUGCUCAGACGAGAGAAGAGGGUGGUUGUGGGAAGCGGUGUGCUGAGACCGUGACCAAGCUGCAGAAGCAGAGUCAGGACCUCCAGAGGCAUCUAGAGAAGGCCUGCAGACAGCUACAGACGACCGUCAAGGACCACAAGGCCUCCAUGCAGUUCCUCAAAGGUAAACUCCCUGUUGAAUCCCAAAUCAACCCCAUGGCUCCUAUUCCUUAGGCCAGUGGUUCUUCAUCCUGGACCUGGGGACUCAAAGGAGUGCACUUUUUUUUUUUUUUUUUUUUUUUUUUUGCCCAUAGCGCUACAGAGCUGAUUUCAAAUGAGCAACUCAUCAUCAAGGUUUGAUUAUUUGAAUCAGCUCUGUAGGGUUAUGGGCAAAAAAAACCAAAAGGUGCACCCCUAGGGGGGGGCCCAAGGACCACGUUUUGGAAACACUGCCAUAGGUACUUAGUAGACGUCUACAGAUCUAACAGGACUCGAUAGGGAUACACUGUUUGGAAAAUCUUUCACCUAGCCUGUCAAAGGGAAAAGGAGAAAUAUGACUAUACUGCUUACAUUAUUUAGAUCUGAAAGAAUUGGUUCGACGUGCCCAGGUUGUAGGGGCUAGGGGUAAACUACUUGACUGGUCAUGACGGUCAUUCUGACCAUUUUUGAUAUUUCAAUUGUGUAAAUAUUCCAUAAUAAAUUGCUAAAUGAAUGCAUUUAUUACGUUAAAAUAGGUUAUAAGAAACCUGUAAUCAGUCAGAAAAUGUAUUGAUUGAUCCAGAAGCGCAUAGACUGUAAUUAUUCAAAUAAGACGGUAGGGUAUUUUCUGUCUGUAAGACAACAGUUGCCUGCCCAGCUGGUCCGUCCUAAACUAAUAUUCAAACUAAUACAAAUAGUUGUGGUCUAAAGACAACAUUAAACUGACAAUAGUGUGAUGGGAGACAAUAUUAUCAAAUCGAGAAGGAAGAGACUGAUGACCAGCGCAGCGUGCGUUGACGAAGAUGGGAACUGAGCUAAGCAAAUAGCACUUCUUCCAUAUCAUCCCACAGAGGUCCAUGCAGGCCAGAUGUUCUGAUCGCUAUACCCUGAAAAUCGGAAUAUCUGAAAGAGCAGAUUCCAAAGUUUAUAAUUAACCUAUUAUUUUUUUUUGCCAAACAACUCUACAAAUUGCUUGGAUGGUCUCUGUCAAAUAUCUCAUUGCUAAAAUACCCGAGGCGCCACACACACGUUCCUCGUGUGAGCACUGGCGACAAUCGACGUUAGCCAUUUGGAGAAAAAAAUAUCCUUUCUAUUUUCUUCUGUUAUAUUCCAUUAUAGUCUUACUUUUUAUGACCUUCCUAAACAAAAUAUUAAUGGAUUUCUAUGUGAUUGUGUAUAUUAAAUUGAUUUAUUAGACUGGCGGCUAUUGGUACUCGUCAAGGCCCGGGCUAUUCUACUGUUAAAUAUGCAUACAGUCAUUCUUACCGUCAUGGCACUUUGAGGAGGAAAUGCUCAAUUUUUUUUGUAUUUUAUGAUAUUUAACUAAAAGUACUGCUAGAGUGUAAAAUAUACAUAUUUAGAAAAAGUCAGGGACGGGUGGGUUCAAGGUUUUUAAUUUAAAUGAAGUUAUUGAAAUUACAAAAUUGAAGACGGUCAAAUUUGACCGUCUUGGCGGUUCUAGUGUUAAGGGUCACAAAAAGGAUUGCAUCAAGUGAUAAAUUGACCAUCUAUUGGCUGAGUGUGAGUCUAAUUCCGUGUCCUCCCUCGCCUCCUCCCCCCCCACCCCCCACCCCACCUCCCUCCCUCUAUUUGUAGAUGAGCAUGAGGUGACCCUACGGAAAGAGAAAGAGGACAACCUGCAGAAACUGGAGGAAUUGAAAAGAUCUGCAGCCAAAGAAUCCUCCGGGUACGUAAACAUGUCUUUUGACUCAUCCAUAUUGAAUAUCUCUAGUCGGAUGCGAAGUCACUGGUUACCAAAUUCAUGUUCUAAAUGAAUAAAUGUUCACUGCAGGAGUUCAGACAUGGAGCGGAGUCUCCAUGUUGGCCUUGAAGAGAUGAGGGAACAGUACAUGAAAGCUGUUGAGAAAAUCAGAGGUGAGAGAAAUAUACCAGGACUUUAGCUACAGGGCUGUAAGGAAACCCACCCCAGUUGAAGUGUGAAUGGUCUUCGAUGAUGGACAUGCUGCAGGCCUCUCCUCAUGUACCGUGGUGUUUUGUUCUCCAGGUGACAUGCUGCAGGCCUCUCCUCAUGUACCGUGGUGUUUUGUUCUCCAGGUGACAUGCUGCAGGCCUCUCCUCAUGUACCGUGGUGUUUUGUUCUCCAGGGGACAUGCUGCAGGCCUCUCCUCAUGUACCGUGGUGUUUUGUUCUCCAGGGGACAUGCUGCAGGCCUCUCCUCAUGUACCGUGGUGUUUUGUUCUCCAGGUGACAUGCUGCAGGCCUCUCCUCAUGUACCGUGGUGUUUUGUUCUCCAGGGGACAUGCUGCAGGCCUCUCCUCAUGUUUUUCCAGGAGGCCUCUCCUCAUGAUGUUUUGUUCUCCAGGGGACAUGCUGCAGGCCUCUCCUCAUGUACCAUGAUGUUUUUGUUGUCCAGGGGACAUGCUGCAGGCCUCUCCUCAUGUACCAUGAUGUUUGUUGUCCAGGGGACAUGCUGCAGGCUGCUCCUCAUGUGCCAUGGUGUUUUGUUCUCCAGGGGACAUGCUGCAGGCCUCUCCUCAUGUACCAUGAUGUUUUGUUCUCCAGGGGACAUGCUGCAGGCCUCUCCUCAUGUACCAUGAUGUUUUGUUGUCCAGGGGACAUGCUGCAGGCCUCUCCUCAUGUACCAUGAUGUUUUGUUGUCCAGGGGACAUGCUGCAGGCCUCUCCUCAUGUACCAUGAUGUUUUGUUCUCCAGGGGACAUGCUGCAGGCCUCUCCUCAUGUACCAUGAUGUUUUGUUGUCCAGGGGACAUGCUGCAGGCCUCUCCUCAUGUGCCAUGGUGUUUGUUUCCAGGGGACAUGCUGCAGGCCUCUCCUCAUGUACCCAUGGUGUUUUGUUCUCCAGGGGACAUGCUGCAGGCCUCUCCUCAUGUGCCAUGGUGUUUUGUUCUCCAGGGGACAUGCUCCAGGCCUCUCCUCAUGUGCCAUGGUGUUUUGUUCUCCAGGGGACAUGCUGCAGGCCUCUCCUCAUGUCCCGUGGUGUUUUGUUCUCCAGGGGACAUGCUGCAGGCCUCUCCUCAUGUCCCGUGGUGUUUUGUUCUCCAGGGGACAUGCUGCAGGCCUCUCCUCAUGUCCCGUGGUGUUUUGUUCUCCAGGGGACAUGCUCCAGGCCUCUCCUCAUGUGCCAUGGUGUUUUGUUCUCCAGGGGACAUGCUGCAGGCCUCUCCUCAUGUCCCGUGGUGUUUUGUUCUCCAGGGGACAUGCUGCAGGCCUCUCCUCAUGUCCCGUGGUGUUUUGUUCUCCAGGGGACAUGCUCCAGGCCUCUCCUCAUGUCCCGUGGUGUUUUGUUCUCCAGGGGACAUGCUGCGCUAUCUCCAGCAGAGUAAGGAGCGAGCGGCAGAGAUGAUCCGUGUCGAGGUGCUGAGAGAGAGACAGGACACAGCCAGGAAGAUGAGACGCUACUACCUCGCCUGUCUACAGGAACUGCUAGAGGACGGGGGGCAGGCCACAGGGUAUGCUGUUACAGGAAGGCCAAUGCCCCGUCCAAAAGCAACCCCUAGUCCAUAGACACCUGGUUUAUAUGGCAGCUCCGCCUUGACGUCUGAUAGGCUGGUUUAUGUAAUAUGGCAGCUCCGCCUUGACGUCUGAUAGGCUGUGUGUAUUUCAUCCGAUAUUGCAUACACCCGUCCAAUCCUCUCAGAUCUCUACCAGCGCCCGGCGGGUAGCGGCUAGGGGUUGAUUUGGGAUUGAGGCUUUCAGUAAGGCUAAUGUAUCCUUCCUUCCCCUUCAGGGCUGAGAAGAAAAUCCUUAACGCUGCCAGUAAGCUGGCUGCUAUGGCCAAGGUGUUGGAGACCCCUACCAAGAGGAAAAGGGGAAAGAGCCACAGCUUCCUGGGUAAGACAUGUUGAUUUAAUACAAGAUAAGGGGAAAGAGCCACAGCUUCCUGGGUAAGACAUGUUGAUUUAAUACAAGAUAAGGGGAAAGAGCCACAGCUUCCUGGGUAAGACAUGUUGAUUUAAUACAAGAUAAGGGGAAAGAGCCACAGCUUCCUGGGUAAGACAUGUUGAUUUAAUACAAGAUAAGGGGAAAGAGCCACAGCUUCCUGGGUAAGACAUGUUGAUUUAAUACAAGAUGAGAACAAAUGGGGUACAGGGUCAUCAAAUGGAAUCGUCCUUCUAGGACGUUUUUCACCGCCUUCUGUCUCUGCUUGAUGUUUGGGGUCUGGGGUGGCUUACUGGAAAGGACUUUGUGACAACUGUUGAUCAAAAAAAACAAGGGCUUUUAAAAAUUAAUCUGAUUGUUCCAAAUUAUCUCUUGUAUCAACAGGCUCGUCAUCAAAGUCAGAGGCAGCUACUGACAACCAUCCAGGUAACGCUUCAGGCUCUACCUCUAGUAAAACCCAAUCUCCAGCUAGCCACCUCCCUGAGACCACCAGGUCCAGUGGAGGUGAGGGGAGGACCCUGAAGACCGAGAUGUACUCUGACCCGGACUCCAACACCUCCUCAGCUGCAGUCAAGACCACCUGGACUACUAGGCCCGUGAGUAAACCCACCCACCAGGACCCCCUGACCAAUGGAAAGGAGAAAGGAGCCCCUGCAAACACGGCAGGGAAACCCCAUGUCUCUUCAGGACUCUUCCUCUCACUUCCUCCUCACAAAACCUCUCAUCAAAUUGGUCAAACCUCCCCUGACUGUUACCAUGGUGAUUUUACUAACAUUACUCUGAGGACCCAGACCAGCAGGGAGCUGUACCUGCAGGGGGCGGAGUCGGGGAGAUCAGACGAUGACAACUUCCUGUGUCACCGUAGUAACACUAAACCCUUCCUGGUCCAGGAGGAGCUUCCCGUUAGAGACGAAGGAGGAUCGAGCGAUUGGAGUUUGUCCAGUAAUGGGUCCCAAGAUGGCCGCCACGUCCUCGCAGUUUCCUCUUACCCGGGCAGAAAAAUGGAAACUGUGAAACCGUUCUCUUUGCGUGGACCUUCUUCAGCUGAUGACCUGGGUGAUUUCGGUCGCCUCACCACUGACAACUCUGACAUGACGGUUUACAAAGAGAUUGUCAAUGUUCAGUCUUGCGCCAAAGCCUCGACUUUCCCCAGUGUCCCGCCUCCGACCAAAGCUGUGACUCGGUCUGUCCCCAGUGUGAAGACCGGUAGUGGUAGAUCCAGUCACAGAGAGCCUGUCCCUGACUCUGAGGGGGACCGGAAGAAUCAGAACCGGUUCCAGAACAGACGGUGUUCUAAGAGUCAGUUCUCUGAGCUGAAGCGGAGUCAACAGCAGGACAAUAGUUUUGACGGUCCAUUCUCUCAUCAGAAAUAA